AGGGAAAACUGAAGAACGCUGAUGGGUAAGUUUUUCUGAUUUUUACAAUUUUUCCCUUUUUUUAAUUUGUAAUUAUUCUAUCGUAUUUCUAUGUUGACUACACUUAUAAACUUGUCACUGUGUAAAAAUGGUUUAUUCUGUGUGCAAAUUCAUCGUAAAGUCAUAUUUUGGAGAAAUAUGGAACAUGUUUACUUCGACGAAAACAACAUCUCCCGAUGUUCAUGCUAAGAUUAGUAAACUAUUUGAAAUGAAACUCUAUGUGAUAUCAGUGGAUAUCUGUAAACUGAUAAUGUAUGAAAAUGAUCAUACAACUAUAACUUUUUAUCUACUUUAGGAAAAAAGAUAAAAAUCGAUAUUUUUCGAUAGUGUCCUGUUUGUUCCCGAAGCUACGAAGGCGUUGUCCUGAUCGACCAAUCAGAAUGCUUCGUUAGAAAACGCCUUCUAGUAUGGUGUGACUAGUUUUGAAAAAGUAGUCUCGCUAUAUAAUGAUCGAGCAUGUGCUAUUUACUGUAGUAUUCUUUCAACAUAGCAGCAAAAGUAGACGAAUGACUACUACGUGACAAAUUUUAUCAUCCUGUGCAGUCAUUCAUGAAUUUGGAAAUUUAAGUAUUCAUCCGCAAGGUGAAUCAUAUGAAAGUUCCGAUAUCGGGUCAGCAUUGUCAUUUACUGCGCCGGUAGAGAAAGGGUUUGAUGUGUGAUGGACUUUAUUUGACGGGAUUUUAGAAGAUUUCUUGAUCAUGUAUGCGUUCACAAAAAUAAUUAGACAGUGCGGCCAUUUCAGGCCCAGCUUUGCUGGUCGGAUCGCUCAAGAAGCCCUGGGUAAUGGUAGCUUCGUUCGACCCUAUCAGAGCAUCGCUUCGCAAGUUUUGUAUGGUAGGUGGAGUGAUCUGCCAAAGAAAGUUCAGCAUUAUGUGGAGGACAAUGUGAAACUGUGUCAGCCGGACACCAUCCACAUCUGUGAUGGCUCAGACCGCGAGAACCAGAUGCUCCUGUAUAUCUUACAGAGGGACGGCAUGAUCAGACCUCUCCCAAAGAUGGACAACUGUUGGUUGGCCAGAACAGAUCCUAAAGAUGUAGCCAGGGUGGAGAGCCGGACAUUUAUCUCCACGGAGAACAUGAGGGAUACCAUCCCAGUCGUAAAGAACGGAACAGUGGGAACUCUGGGAAACUGGAUGUCCCCCGAUGAUCUGGACUCUGAACUGAACAUGAGAUUCCCGGGUUGUAUGAAAGGCAGGACUAUGUUUGUGAUCCCAUUUAGCAUGGGACCAGUGGGAUCGGCGCUUUCCAAGAUUGGCAUUGAGCUCACAGACUCGGCGUAUGUCGCAGCGAGCAUGAGAAUCAUGACGAGAGUUGGUUCAAAGGUCCUGAAGACGAUGGGAAACGGAGACUUUGUCAAGUGUCUACACUCCGUGGGAACACCGCUACCUGUUAAAGAACCUUUGAACAGUAAUUGGCCUUGCAAUCCCAAGGACACCAUCAUUGCCCACUUGCCUGAGAGGAAUGAAAUCUGUUCCUAUGGUAGUGGCUAUGGAGGAAAUUCACUGCUGGGAAAGAAGUGUUUUGCCCUCCGACUGGGAUCAAUCCUGGGGAAAAGAGAGGGCUGGCUAGCAGAGCAUAUGUUGAUCUUAGGAAUUGAGAAUUCUGAGGGAGAGAAAAAAUACUUUGCAGCGGCUUUCCCAAGUGCUUGUGGGAAAACGAAUUUGGCUAUGAUGAAGUCUGCCCUUCCUGAGUACAAGAUAACCUGCGUGGGAGACGACAUAGCCUGGAUGAGGUUCGAUAAGGAUGGAAAACUCCGAGCCAUUAACCCCGAAGCUGGAUUCUUUGGAGUGGCUCCAGGAACCUCGGUGAAGACCAAUCCAAUGGCUAUGGAUACCAUUUCCAAAAACACCAUCUUCACCAAUGUGGCAGAGACAUCGGAUGGCGGUGUAUAUUGGGAGGGAUUGGAGGGAGAACUCCCCCGAUCUACAAAAAUCAAGUCUUGGUUAGGCGUGGAGGACUGGCAUCCUGAGCAGGGCAAACAGGCAGCCCACCCUAACUCGAGAUUUUGCACACCAGCUGCACAGUGUCCUAUUAUGGAUGAGAAGUGGCAGGACCCAGAAGGAGUUCCGAUUGAAGCCAUCAUUUUUGGUGGACGUCGACCUGAAGGAGUUCCACUGGUCUACGAAGCCUUUAACUGGCAGCAUGGAGUGUAUAUUGGGGCCUCUAUGAGGUCAGAAGCGACGGCAGCAGCGGAGCAUACAGGGAAAGUGAUUAUGCACGAUCCUUUUGCAAUGCGUCCAUUCUUUGGCUACAACUUUGGGCACUACUUAAAACACUGGUUAAGUUUUCAAGAGAAAGAAAACGUAGAAUUGCCAAAGAUUUACCAUGUCAACUGGUUCAGAAAGGACAAAAAUGGCAAAUUUAUAUGGCCCGGUUUUGGGGAGAACUCCCGUGUCUUGGACUGGAUCUUCAGACGCGUCAAUGGCGAGGACUGUGUUGUACCGUCUGCCAUCGGAAAUCUUCCCAAAAAGGGAUCCUUGAAUCUGGAUGGACUGAAGGAUGAUGUGGACAUGGAUGCCUUGUUCAGUAUUCCAAAAGAGUAUUGGCAGCAGGAAGUUAGGGACAUUGGCAAAUACUUUGACGAACAGGUUCAUGAGGAUCUACCUCCGGAGAUCAUGAAGGAGCUAAGGGGCCUGGAAGCCCGCGUCAACACCAUGUGAAUAAACAGUCCCUUCCGUUACUCUAAUAAGAGGACUGUUGGGCACAUGGUCUAAUUCACAACAUUUUUAUAAGUGACAUUAUGUGAUGAAUGCAUUUAAUAUAUUUACUUACUGUGUAAGGAAAAUAGAUUUUAGUCAUUUAUUUUUUAUUUUAGAGGGGAUUUUAAUUGCUUUUAUGGCAUAACGAACCAUCAUCAUAUUUUACGCAUGUAUGGUGGGUUUUUUUCUGGUACAUGUAUAUUGUGAUUUUAAUGAAGAUUUUUACAGAAUGUAAAUGUGUGUGUUUAAUGUUCAGCAAGGGGGAUAAUGAUACGUACUAGGUGCAAUGAAGUGUAGCGGUGUCAUCAUUUUCUAUGUAAUGUCUACGACCUUUCCAAUAUUGAUCUCAGGUAUCAGUUUCUCAGCUGGUUGUGCAUGAUGUCAGUUCUCAUAGACAGGUACAGUUAAACUUUAGUAUCUCGAACAUCGAUAUCUCAAAUGUCAUGGAUAUGUUGAAGUGAGUUGGAAGUCCCAACUACAUUUUCUUUAUGUAUUUUAACCCUGAUAUCGCGAACCUUCAGAUAUCUCGGGAAUUUUUCUCUGCCCUAUCGAGUUUUGAGAUAACGAGGUUUGACUGUAGUAAGUCUGAUGGCAAAUGAGUGACUGUAUAGUAAGUCUGAUGCCAGGUUAUUUCAUAGGUUCUAUAUUCAAACAUCUUCAUAAUCAUGAUAAUAACUCAUUCUUUUAAAUCAUUCCUACAAUCAUUUACAAGAAUGUCCAUACAACCAGAGACUGUAAAGCUGUGCUUUGUAAUGAUAUAUAUAAGUAUGCACAUAGAAUUAAUUGUACGACUGUGAUAAAUUCAUUGCCAUUAUGUUGAAAUAAUUUGCAAGUUGCAUUAAUACACGGGAUGCAAGAUAAGGAAAUCAUUAUUGUUACAAUAUUUCACUGCCUGUGACAUAAUAUGUAUGCAUAUUUCUUGUCAAACAGAUCUUAAUCUUGUUUUAGCAAUAUUUUGACUGGCAGAUUUACUUUGCCCAAGAGAGGGACUACAUUUUAAAGGAAAUACAAUUUUUUAAAGAAUGAA